AUGCCGAUGGGAAAGUACGAAGACCGCAUACUUGAUCACAGUAUUCCACCGGUAAUCAAGGAUAUCAAGGGCAAGAGUGUCAUCAUGGCCGGAGGUGCGUCAGGUUUAGGCAGAUCAUUUGUAGAAGCCUUCACCAAAGCCGGGCCACGGGGAAAUAACGAUUUUCACACAGCAAAGGUUGUUUCGUUCGAUGCGAUGUACGGGUUUGGGAGGAGCAGGUUCGCCUGUUUGAAAAUGGCUAUCAUGAAUUCCCCGAGCAGGACUUGCGGCAUUGUCAUUGCAAAUGCCGGGAAAGCUGAACACGAUGGAUUGUUUGGUGACGAUGGUGAGGACAAAUUCGCUUUCACCCUUGAGUUUAGACCCCAUCAAAUGUUGCCGCACAUUAUGAGAGUGGAACUUUACAUACGACAACUAGCGCCGGCCCGAGAAGGACGUCUGAUCUUGAUAGGCAGUCUUGGUGGGUUCUUUGAUCUGCCUGGCUCCGCGACAUAUUCAAUGUCCAAGUUCGGAGCGAGGGGACUGAUGCACUCGCUUCGAAGGAAUACUUGGGUGGGAUUCUAUUCGACUUACCCCGAAGAACUGAUUGCCUUCUUCACAUCGAAGGGUGUAAAAUUCACAUCAGUGGAUGACACCUGUAAAGCAGCCCUGAGAAUCACAGCCUAUCAAAGAGUGAAUGGCAGAUCACUCGCGGUUGUUUUGCAAGAAGACUGUGCUGACGAAUACCUGAACCUUGCGCAGGAUGUUUUCCCAGAGAGCAGCAUGUUGGAUGACUGGCAGGAUGUUACUAUCAAUAUUGGCUCAUGA